UCAGUACAGUUUGCAACUGACCUUUGGACAUAAACUACAACAAUGAAGGUGGCAAGGAUCUUUCUUCUCAGUGCCUUGGCUCUGUUCAGUCUAUGGGGUAAUGCUACAGCCAACUCCCUAGGGAGAAAGGCUAAUUGUAAUGAAGAAAAUACUGGCUGCCCCAGGAUAUAUCAGCCUGUCUGUGGCACGGAUGGAACUACUUAUUCCAACGAAUGUAUGCUAUGUGAUGAAAAUAGAAAGCGCCAGGUUCCUGUCCUCAUUCAAAAAUCGGGGCCUUGCUGAAGACUUGAAACUUAAGGCCCCCUUGAUGGCUGGGGAGCCUGAUAAUUGAAUAAAUGCACAUGAAUAUA